GUCGGAGACACCCAAACGACGGCAAUCGAAAUCAAUUGAAAAACAACACAACGCGAUCGCUUUCAUCAUCGCUGACCACAGCGAUUGUAUCCUAUCAUCUCGGAAUACUCGGCGCAGCAUUCGUUUUGAUAAAAAACGGAUGCCGCCGUCGCCGAUGAUAUGAACGAGGUCCGGUCUGCCGACCGCGCAGCCUUCUUGCAAACAAAGCGGGAAGAAUGCAGUGCAAUUGUCGCUUCGCGGAAGCGCAAGCUUCGCGAGUUGUUCGUUGUCGCGACGGAUCAAGAUGGGUUUCCUAAUCGCAGACCCAGUCCAGCGACCAACGCGUCCUCCGGCGCGCCAGCCGACCAGUACCUCCUCAACCACGACAUAAUUCGGGGCAACAAAUUCAACGACCAGACGAUACCCAACAGUUUUACCCUGAAUUCAGACCAGCUACAACGAUUUUUGAAGCUUUCCUCCUCUCUGACUUCCCAGGCCGCGAGCCCUUCGAAGGCUACAGCCACACCAUCAACCACUUCCGCCGCAACUUCGAACGGAAACCCGAAGACUACGUCGCCCUCUGUUGGCAGCCCGCGAGCAAUCGAUUCCUCUAGCAACAAUGCUGCACUCGCCCCAGCACCACAGGCCUCGGCCACCGAAGUCGAUAAGGACUCUAACCAGCCACAGUCAGCCAAGGAGUGUAAUGCUACGCGAGACGUAACUUCGACGCCCUCAUCCAGCCCUGCGAUUACAACCGCCGACCCUGGCAGGCUGUCCAGUAAUGCCGCUAGUGUCAAUCACUCAUCGGCAAGGCCAAGCUCUGGAGGACCUGCGGAGGAUCAUGCAAUACCGACGGCUGCAGAACUGCCAAAAUUGCAGGUUGCGAAGUCUGAGUCUCGACCGAAAACUGCGGAUGAAGGCGACACACCGAAGCUUGGGGCGCCUCUGAAAAAGGCGCCAGAUACAGAUGUUGGAGAUGUGGAAAUGCCUGACGCGGUGCAGGGUGAAGCGGAGCCGCGUCGCGCAGAUCUUCCUGUUCGACCAACACAGGCAGAAAUCUCUCGUUUCCCGGAAGCACUUUCGUCUCCUGGUAGCACCACCCAGACUGCUGCAACCCCUGCGCCCCAUGAUGCAUCUACGGAUACGAGCCCGGAGCAUGAGGGUGUGCAGUACACCGAAUGCGAGACAGAGAAGCCGGAGUCACUACAAGUUCCGCAAGCUACCCCUGACAAGAAAGACAGCGGCGAUGGAGUACAGAAAGGCGCAGCUUCACCCGGAGCACUGACGCGCUCUGAAAGCCUAGGUGCUGGGACGGACGCUCUGUCUACGGUGCACAGUGUGGAGGCACAACUACUACAGGAAUCCGCAGCCGCCGCUGAAUCGGCUUCCAGUCGUACCUCUCAAACAAAACCACAGAUUUCUGUAAAAGAUGCUGUGCCCGAUGACAAGCCACCGUUGGCAGAAACUUCAAGCUCAGCAGAUGCAUCGUUACCGCAGAAACGGGUGCCCUCCGUGGCUGAAGCAUCUGCAAGUCCGAAAACCCCAAAAGUUGUGGACAUAUCUGCUCAUGGACAGGGCAUGGGUCCAGCCCCUGCUCCGUCUGCGACUGUUUCUCCCCAGCAGGGAUCCAAACAGCAGCCAGAUGAACAGCGGCCGACCGGAACAAGCAUACCAGCUAAUGUGGCUCUGCCCAAUCAAGAUUCCUCUAAGCUAUCUCUAGAAAAGAGCAUGGCGGAUCCAGGAGCGGAGCUUGAGAGGCCUGCUACAACACAGCCGGAUAGCGUUGAUAUCCCUGUUCCUGAGUCGAAGCCUGAUACGCAAGAGGUUCAGCCAGAGAAUCUUGUCGUUCACAGUGUACUCGAGACCCAGAACCUUCCCGAGAAGCCAACCAAGCCCAAGAUCCCAGUUGCUAUAUUCGGAGAGAAGAAGUCAAAAUUUCCCAUGGUCAGGCGACCGCUUAAAGAUGGAGAAGAAAACAAAUCCAGCAACCCUUUCACUGAGGAUUACUUUACAACCUUGUUCGUCCAAGGUUUCACCCAGAAUGCCAAGUGGAUGAAACCUAUCGACAGUCUGCUCAAUUCUGCACACAAGACACUCUCGACAUCUGAUGCCCAUUUGUCUAUAAUGGAGCAGCAAGCAUGCCGGGUGCUGCGACGGGUGUAUCAUUUGCAGCAGCAGGAUAAGUGGUCUCUGAGGCAGCCUAGGAGGUAUCCGGAACCCAGGAGACCUAUAUCGCAUUGGGAUCAAGUAUUGGAGGAAAUGAAGUGGAUGCGGACAGACUUUAGACAAGAAAGGAAGUGGAAGAGGUCAGCAGCUCGCGUUCUCGCUUUUGCAUGCGCAGAUUGGGUUGCGGCGGACGAUGUCAAGAGGAAACUUUUACAGGUACCGACUAUCAUCCCUAAGCCUGCGGUAAUCCAACCAGUUCCCGGCGAUGAUGCGGGGCAAACGGAGGACGCCGACAUGGCGGACCAAGGAGAUGAAGAAUCAGCUGCGAAACAAAAGACCGCCGCCGGUGUGGAUACGGACAUGGUCAAUGAGAACUCGGAUGAGCCUGGCGACGUCAAAAUACCUGCAAUGGACGACGAGGAACAGAUUCCGGUCACACAUGUUGUUCCAGCCGAGAUAUUUGCCUUGCCUGAAACAUCGCUCACAUUCAGCUUUAGCAACUCUUCGGCAUUUAACAAACUACUUGACGAACUCCCGAUGCACGGAGGGCCACUCCAGAUACCCGAUAAUACCGACCUCUUAAAAUCGGAUCAGGAUCCCGAUGCACAUUGGAAGCUUGCGGCCGUUCCCUUGACCAAAUACGUCGAGAGACCAAUGGUUCCUGUGCUUAAAGGGCCUCCGACAAAGCGCAGUCGGUACCAGUUUGCAGAGGAGAGCGACAGCGAUGCCGAAGAUGAGGGCAACAUUGUAUAUCGGAAUAAUCGCGACGACUCUGCCGGAGCUCUGAAUGGUCAGGCAUCAGAGCGAGAGCUCAAGGAUGUUGCGCUCUUUGACCCUGAGAUGCAGGUUCUAAGGGAUAGGCUGCACGCGGGCCAUCAGUUCCGCCCGCCUACAGAACAUCCUAUGCCCCUGCAAUCUUUCUAUGAGUCGCGCACCGCGUCCCAAUGGACAUAUGCUGAGGAUGAUCAGCUGAAGAGGUUGGUGCGGGAGUACUCCUACAAUUGGUCACUUAUAUCCAGCAAGAUGGCGAUGCCAUCUCUGUUUUCGUCUGGGGCUGAACGAAGGACGCCAUGGGAAUGCUUCGAACGUUGGGUGCAUCUGGAAGGCCUACCGAAUGAUAUGGCCAAGACACAGUAUUUCAAGACCUACCAGUACCGGAUAGAUCAGGCGCAGGCUGUUAUUGCUGCCAAGAACCAGAUUGCACAGGCCCAAGCCGGACCGGGGGCAGUGACUCCAGUGCCACGCAAGCGCCUGACAACGACCAUUAGGGUGGAGAGGAGGCGAGCGCAGAAACAUUUGACUUUGCUGGACGCUAUGCGGAAGCUGGCCAAGAAACGCGAGGCCACGGCUCACAAGACGGCUUCGGUGCAGGCAAUGCGGAAACAAAACGAGUCUCAGCAACAACAGCAGCAACAGCAGAACUCGCAAGCACAACAGCCGCGCGGGCCAAACAAGACUCCUCGAGAUUACAGCUUGAUGCGAUACGAAAGGGACCAGCAGAUUAACGAACGUAUGGCCCAGUUUGCGCAGAAACAGCAACAGGAAGCGCAACGAAAGCAUCAAGCUGCACUCGCAGCAAGGUCUCAGGCCGCCGCCGCAGGCAAUCCCCAGGCUGCAGCUGCAGCCGCCGCGGCAGCCGCAGUUGCUGCCGCAGCUUCAGCUACCGCAGGCAGCGUGGGCGCUACCGGCAUGGCAAAUGCCGGCGGUAUCACGCCGACAGCUGGUGCACUGCCUCCUCAGAUGGCUGCUCACAUGGCACAGCAACUUGCAGCAGCACAGGCCGCGGGCGCCGGAGCAAACCCGAUGGGCGGUGCAAUUCGUGCCCCCAACGCUGGGAACAUGGCAACUCAGCUCGGUAUACCCGGCCAUGCACGUGCAAGGAUCGCGAUGCAGGCCCCGCAGAACCCAAUGGCAGGACUACAGCAAGCGGCUGGGAAUCUUGUUCCUCCAAUGCAAAUGAACGGCAUGGCACAGUUGCCAUUGCAAGCACAACAGCAUAGAAUGGGCAUGGCGUCGUCGAGCCCGACCGAGAUGAAUAUGCUCAUGCAGGCCCAAAGAAUACAAAACCAACAGAGGUCUGUUCAGAUGCAGCAACAGCAGCAGCAUCACCAGCAUCAUCCACACGCUCCUCAGCAGGCGUCCCAGUCACAGUCGCCUCAACAACACCAGCAGCAGCAGCAACAGCAGCCCCAGCAACAACAACAACAACAACAACAACAUCACAUUCAACAUCCGCAACCGCAACCUCAACAGCACCAUCAACAGCAACCAAACAUGGUGCAUCAGCCGCAGCAUCAGCAAUUCCAGCCGCAGCAACACCAGCAGCAGCAGCACCAACAGCAACAGCAACAACAACCACAGCCACAGCAGCCACAGAACACGCAACCUCUUCAAAACCAAGUGGGGAUGCAGAAUUCGCCGUCAGGCAUGCGCGCCACCCUUAAUGGAGUUCACAAUGCCAACCAACAAAACUAUCUUGCCAAUGGGCAAGCUGGGUUGGCCUUCAGCCCUCAAAAUGGAGGCGCCAUGAGCCCACCCCUGAAUCAACAGGCUGUAAACUCUCCUCGAGGCCAUGGUAUACCGCAACAGCAGGCUUCUUCGGCUGCAUUAGCUCAUGUUGAGGCCCAAAUCCGCGCACAAGCGCCACAGAUGCCACUAGACCAAGUGCGUAAGCUGGCGGCGGUCACUUUGGAAAAGCGUUUGGUCCAGCAGAGGAAUAACGCGAUGAGUGCGGCUGCCGGCUCGUCCCCUAAGCCCGGCAUGGUUGGGGCUGGGGCCGGCGGCACACCGCAUCAGUAUGCGCAGCUCUUGCUGGCACAGCAACACCAGGCUGCACAGGCCGCCCAGGCACAGGCUGCCGCUGCCGCUGCGCAGGCGCAAGCCCAGGCUCAGCGGGCACCUAAUCAAAACGGUACGGUGCAAAAUGGGCAGAGUGUUCAAAUCCAGGGUCAGAAUCAAGGUCAGGGUCAUGGCCAGGCUCAGGCUCAGGCUCAGGUCAAGGUUCCGGGCCAAGUCCAAGGUCAGGUCAAGAUUCCGGGUCAGGUUCAAGGUCAGGUCAAGGUUCCAGGUCAGGUCCAUGGUCAGGUCAAGAAUCAGGGUGGGGUUCAAGGCCAGGCUCAGGCUCAGGUUCCAGGUCAGGUCCAUGGUCAGGUCAAGAAUCAGGGUGGGGUUCAAGGCCAGGCUCAGCCUCAGGUUCAAGGUCAGGUUCAGGCUCAGGGUCAAGCUCAGGGGCAAGCUCAGGGGCAAGCUCAGGGGCAAGCUCAGGGGCAAGCUCAGGGGCAAGCUCAGGGUCAAGCUCAGGCUCAGGCUCAGGCUCAGGCUCAAGCUCAGGCUCAGGCUCAGGCUCAGGUUCAGGCUCAAGCUCAAGCUCAGGCUCAGGCUCAGGCUCAAGCUCAGGCUCAGGCUCAGGCUCAGGCUCAGGCUCAGGCUCAGGCUCAGGCUCAGGCUCGGGCACAGGCUCAGGCUCAGGCUCGGGCACAGGCUCAGCCUCAGGUACAGACUCAAAAUCAAAGCCAGGGUCAGGGUAAAUCUCAAGUUCAAGCUCAAAACCAAGGCCAAGGUCAAGUUCAGGCCCACGCCCCGGCUCAGGCGCAGCCCCAAGGCCAGAAGAAGCAGACCCCGACUCCGAAGCCAACCCCUACCCCCACUCAGGCACCGGCGCCGGCCCCUACCGCGGCCACGCUCACAGCCACGCCAACGACCACGGCCACGUCAACGCCAACACCGAUGCCGGCGGCGCAAGGCCAGUCUCAGAUGAAUGCGACUCAGCAUCAGCGACAAGUCAGCAAUGGAAACGCGCAGGCUGCUAGCAGUUAA